UAUUGAACACCGCCAUAAAGUUCAAAGGUGCUUAUUAUUUCUGUGGGGAAAACCCACUUAGAUGCACAAGCUGCUUUAUAUUCAUAUACGAUCUACUCAAGAGUGGGUUUAGCAUUGUAAUCACAUUUGUAUUGAUGUAUACACGUACUUGAAUAGAGACUCGGUACUUUUGAUCAAAAUUAUUUCCAUUUCUUUCGACACACAAUGUAAUCAAAACGUGAUAAAUUGGUAUAGAACUGCAUGCAGUAAGGACCCCGGGAAGGACACACUUGUUACGUAGACUCAGGAUAUUGGUAAAUUCUACGACGUCACUGCAUUAUAAUUUGUGCUGGCAUGAACUGACGGUUGACUUCUAGUAUACACAUCAGCUGAUCAAACUUUUAAGUUUUAUUGCACAUCAAAUGGAUAUAGGCGAAGAAUGAGCUUGUGUUUGUAAUAAGCCAGAAAUCCGAUAUUUGCACCAUGGCUGAGAAGACCAAGGAAGAGAAAGCUUCAAGCUCUUCAGAGAACCUGACGUGUCCACUAUGUCUUGAUAUCUUCGACGAAGCAACCAUCCUGACUUCAUGCGGACACACCUUCUGUCGGAAAUGCCUCAAGAACUAUGACCUUUCCCACCAGGAUCUCGAUCACAUGAUCUGUCCGCUCUGCAGGAAGAUCACCAAGUUGUCUGUGAACCGUGUCGAUGAUUUCCUCACCAGUGUGACUGUCAAUGGACUGGUAGACGAUUACCACGCCAAAUGUGGAGGGAUGAACGCUGUCCUUGAGAUGCGUCCAAAAUGCACUGCUUGCAAGUUUCAGCAAGAUGCCGUCUCAUUCUGCAGAACAUGUAAUAACUACAUGUGUGAUGGGUGCCUGGAUUGUCAUCAACGUCUUACAGUCUUCUUUGAAGGUCACGAGAUUGUAUCCAUACAGGAUAUCAUCAACGGGAAGGUUAGCAUUGGUCAACUAUCCGAGAAGUGCUGCAUCCACAAACAAGAGAACAAAGAUAUGUUUUGUGAUGAUUGUAAGGUCCACGUCUGUCACAAGUGCGUGAUAGUUGGUCAUCAAAAUCACAAAAUCAAGAAUCAGGCCGACUUUGAGCAGGAGCUACGGGUUAAGGUGAACGACCUUGUCCAGCGUUGUACCGCUAAGAAAUCAGAACUGGAGAAGAACAUUCAGAAUGUGGAAGUACAACGCCAUGAAGUAUAUACUGCCGUGCAGAAACUACUGGACGAUGUCAGUCAAGCCUACAGCAUCAAGGCCAAAGAGCUUGAAGAAAAUCAUCAAAUUCUCAUCGAGCAAAUCAAUGCAGUAAAGCGGAGUUUCCAUGACGACCUCAACGUCUUAAAAUCUAAGAAUCGACAGAGGAUUAAGAGUAUUUGUAGUUCAAUAACACUGGUAUCUAAUGACAGACUGGGUCGUCUUGAGACAGACAGUCUGUCUGCUCAUACCUUGCUCUGUGAGGAGCUGGAUGCCAUGCUGAAGGAGGCUACUGAUCACACUUCUGCGGCAGCCAUUACGAAGAAAGCACAAUUGAAGAGGUUCAAGCCUGCAGAUAAUAGUCGUAUUGAACUCGGUAGCAUCUCAGAAUCAGAUCCCAAGUUGCAAGUUAUUAAGUGUGUAGACAUACGGGGAUGGAUGUAUGGAAUGACCCAGUACUGUGAUGAUAGUGUGGCUAUCGGAUAUUUGGUUGAACAUGGUAUAGAUAUCAUUGAUUCGGCUGGUAAAAAGCACCAGUAUGCAAACAUACCAAGUAACAUGGAGUGUCGUGAUCUUGUGUUUCAACAAGACAGGUCGUUGUGCAUAUCGACGGGUACAAAAGAAGCACACAUUUGUUCUCCCAAUGGAUCAAGUAAAUCAACCAUCCACGUGCAUAAAAGUGACUCUACUCUCAAACUAAACAGAAGUCCAUCAGAUGAAAUCCUUAUCGUUAACAAUGAGAAGCAAGUCUCUAUAUAUGACCCGACUGGAUCUGCUCUCAAACACACGGUUCCAACAAAACACAACCAGACAAGGCAGGUAUCUGCUACCAUGUCGGGUUUGAUCGUCACGAGUUCAUGUUGCACCAAUCCAAGCGUGGUGACGGUCUAUGACAGGGACGGGAAUGCUGGUAAGUCUCUACAAGCUCCAAACGGUGUCUACCUGUAUGCUGCCGUUGAUGAGCAGGACAAGGUGUAUGUAGCGAGUGUUGAUAAAGAGAAUGGUAUCGUGGUGAUCAGGCUCUAUGACCUUGAUGGUCUGAACCUGAAGGAGAGAGUUGAGUUCAAUGUAAUUAAUCUGACGCUUAAAAAUAGUUGGUGUUACUUGGCUUCCCUCUCUCCAGACAUGCUCGCGUUUGCUUGUUACAAGAAGUUGUAUUUCAUCAAAGUAUCACUGUAAUCCAUCUCACACUCUAUAUUACCGUUAAUUUGUAGCCCUCCUCUAAUAUGGGUCAGUAAUAGGGCAUAUAUUGUUUAUUAUGCGAUAACAAAAUGCAUGAGAAGAUGCCUAUUCUCUCGAAAGAUUAUUAUCACUUGUAUAAAGUUGUCAUUAUCCAAAAUAGUUCCUCUCUCGAAAUUGUAUGUAAAUAUUAUGAAAAUAUGCUUCUUGCAUAGAAUAUUUUUUUUCACUAUGAUAAUUGGUACUGCAAAUCAUAUCUCUACGUCAUCUUGGUGUAAUCCUUGACUGUCCCUUGACUAUGCAGCAGCAUGUCAACAAUACUUGCAAGAAAGCAUCUUUGGCCCUCAAAAGAAUAGGUCGUGUCCGCCAUUAUCUCAAUAGCAGGACAACUGAGAUAUUGGUCCACGCCUUUGUAACAUCUUUGCUUGAAAGCUGCAACUGCCUUCUUCUGGGAGCUCCAGAGAGAGAACUAGGUAAAGUUGCAGAG